CUCACUAGAAUACCACCUAAUCGACGCAACCCGAGAUUCUUCUGAGAAGAGGGUAGAAGAUUUGCAUCAACUGCAAUAUCAAUUUUCUAUUCUUCAAAUGGAAAAAAAGAAAACAAUUUCCGACCUGCCGCACCUAAUCUCAUUACCCAUACACGACACUUGUGGGGUAUGAGUCACCACUUCUCAAAGCUUCCAUCAAUAAAAAAUUUCAUCCGUCAAUGAGAGGCACGGUGGUGUGAAGUGUGGAGAAGCAAAACCCCCAAAAACCCGCGAAGGAAAAAAGAAAAAAAAAAAUUCACCACACAGGUAAAGAAUGCCGAAUCUCCCUGCAGAAAUCAUUGAAGACAUCCUCCGCCGGCUCCCGGUGAAAUCCCUGAAGCGGUUCCGGGCUGUUGCGAAAUCUUGGUGUUUCUUGAUAGAUUGCGAGAACUUCGUCAAGUUGCACUUGCGCCAGUCUGUGAUCUCCAAUUCCAAUCGCAAUAUUAUUCUUGGAGGCCUUGGCCUUUACAGUAUAGAUUUGGAUUUACUGGACAAGGCCCAUGUCAUCAAACCGCCGUUCUAUUACAAGAGUGUUGAUGGGAUCUCCAAUUCUUGUAAUGGUGUGGUUCUUGUGAUGAGCGAGCCCCCUGUUUUAUGGAACCCUUUUUCAAGAGAAUACAGGGUUUUGCCUGAUUGUUCUGUUGAAUAUUCAACUCCGUGGGAUUCUUACUCCAAAACUGCAUAUGGGUUCGGCUACGAUUCAAGAAACGAUGAUUACAAGGUUGUUCGGAUUGUGGAAUUUAGGCACAAAAUAGCUCAUGUUUGGAUGGCUUCUGAGACCAAGAUUUACAGCCUCAAAUCGAAUUCUUGGAGAAAAAUCGAGGAUUUUCCUUACCCAUUGCCAUUCUUGAGGGGAAACUGGCGCGUGCACCUUAAUGGGGCAUUGCAUACGCUUGUGGAGGAUCCUGACAGUAUAGAUUCGGCUAGAAUAAUGGCUUUUAGUCUUCAGACUGAGAAGCAUUAUCAGGUGCCGAUGCCUUCUGGGAUUCGGAUCGGGGCUGCUGAUGUUAGUUUGGAUAUGAUUGAAGGGUGUCUUUCUGUGGUCUGUACCAACAGGUCUAGGGUUGUUAUUUGGGUGAUGAAGGAGUAUGGUGUGAAGGAAUCGUGGACUAAAUUACUGUCUAUUAGUCCACCUGCGAUCGAGAAGAAUGAUUUUGUGAAGCCAUUGGUGUGUUCAAGGGACGGCUAUAAGGUUCUGUUGAAUUGCGAUGAUAAGAAGCUUAUUUGGUAUGAUUUGAGAAAUAAAACUGUUGAUAAUGUCCCUGUGGAUGGUAUGCCUUUUGUGUUUUAUGCCGAAGUUUGCAUUGAGAGCCUUGUUUCGCUUGAUGACGGGAAGAAAGUCGAGAAACAAGAACAAAAGAAAGAGAAAAAGAAGGAAAAGAUCAGGAAACAAAGGGACGAUUUCUUGUCUGAGGGGUUCAAGUUGGUGCUCUAACAAAAAGAGCAGAAGAGAAAGAAUAAAAAAGCGCAAUUGAAUGAGGCAAUGGAGGUACUCAGCCCAUUCUCAUGACUUCAACUUGAUGCCAGCAUUAUGAUUCUUACAGUUGCUCGUGUGUGUGCAUUUUUCUCAGUUCUGAAGUAUAUUAUACUAAGCUGUAAGGUGACAGUGAUGGCCAUUUCCAUGGAAUGGGAAACUUCUGGAGUGACCAGAAUUACUUUAUUCAUGUCAACUUGAUGCUAAUUUCUGUUCGCUCUUUCCAUGGACCUGUUGUUCCUGGCACAAGUUUGAACGGCAGACAUUAUGUACACACAUCAAAGUAUGCUGUCUCCUUGUAUAGUGGAACACCAAGUCUAAAGUGCUGCAACCCGCUCUCAUGACUUCAAAUUGAUGCUAGUAUUAUGAUUCUUACAGUUGCUUAUGUGUGGAAUUUUUUCAGUUCUGAGGUAUAUUAUUGUAAGCUGUAAGGUGACAGAGAUGGCCAUUACUAUGUCAUGGGAAACUCCCCGAGGAACCAGAAUUACUGUAUUCAUGUCAACUUGAUGUUAACGUCUAUUUACUCUUUCCAUGGGACCUGUUGUUUUCAGGUGCAAGUUUGAAUGGCAGACAUUAUGUACACACAACAAAGUAUUUUAUCUUCUUAUACAGAAGAAAAGAAAAGUUUUAAGCUAAUCUCCACAAUCCUUGUCAUUAUCUCCCACAAAAUGAUGCCAUUUUUUUCCAUUUUGCCAACUGUUAUGCGUUUGCACCUAUUUAUAAUUUAUGCUAUUUACCAUGAAGUAUCUGAGUGUUUCCUCAUGAAAUUACUCUAUUUUUGUGUUAUUUGAAUCAGUUUAAUAUGUGUUGACUUUGCAUGAGACAACAUGAUGGAUGUGAAAAUCAGGAAUACGAAAAUGAAGUUUGAUACUUCAUACAUCUGUGUGUGAAAAUGUAAUGUUCUGCCUCGAUCUGAUCCCACUGCCUUCCCCAUUACUGAUAGAACAGGGAACCUGAUGGACCUUGAGUCUCAGUUAAUAUUUAUCCUCA